CUCCCCAACCCCCACCUUUCUUCCUCCUCCCUCGGCCGCAGCUCCCUGGAAACCGUCAACAAACGGUGCCUGCGGCCGGCUGGCGGCUCGGGAGCGGCGGAGCAGCGGCCGGAGAGCGGGCAACAAGAUGGCGGACAGUGGAUCAAAUAACCGGUUCUCUGAGAAAGCCCAGCUACAAGAACUGCAGGAGCGAUUCUGUCAAUAUGUACAAAAUAUGAAAUGCCUAACAGAUCAGCUUGACAUGAAUGAUGAUUCAAGCAAUUUGAAACGGAUUCAAGAAUUAGAAGAAGAAAUUGUAGCUGCUCGCAAUAUGUACAACAAAGAGAUCCAAAGCCUGCAUGAUCAGCUGGACCAGAACUGCAAAGAAAGAAUGCAGAUUGAAAUCAACAAUCUCCAAAAUUCGCAACUGAUAGCUGAAUUCAGGGAAAGCAUCCUGGCCCUCAACACAGCCAUACUGCAGAAGGAGGAGGAGAAGAAAAACCUGGAGCUGAUGCUGUGCCAGAAGGAAGCUGAGCUCAGAGAGCUCCAGAUGAGUGCUGGUAAGCCUGCCUCAGAACUUGAAGAACUCCGCUGCAAGCUUCAGAAACUGAACUCAUGCCUUGAAGAAGUCCAGAAGAAGUAUGAAAAGGAACAGAAGCAGAACCAGGAACUUCAAACAGCUAUCCAGCAGCUGAGAUGUAAACUUGACUUGCAACAGGAUAAUCAUUGCCAAGACAUGAUGUGUAUGAGGGAGAAGGCUGCCGAGGCAGAGGCUUUGAUUCAGGAGCUGGAAGAUAAGUUGAGGAAGGCAAACGCGGAUGAUGGAGGUGCCAUGGAAAUGCUGAGGAAGAUCCGGGAGGCUAACUACGCGGAGAUGCAACAGUACCGGCAGCAGACGGAGCAGAACUUCAACCAAAAUGUGAUGGACCUGACCAUGUGCCUCAACAAAGAACGGAUCCAGCUGGAGCAAAUUCAGGAGGAGAACCAAUGUCUUCGUCAGCAUAUCAACAACCUGACUACCGAGAUUAAAAUAUUGCAGGACAAGCUGCUCUCCGAGGAGGAAAACAAAGUUGCCCUUGUUAACAAGUUGAACUGUGAACAGCAGAAGAGUCAGCAGCACACAAACGAGCUGAAAACCAGGCUAGAGGAAGUGGAAGAUCUCCUCUUGGCCAAGAUGAAGGAACUACAUUCUAAAAACAGGGCAGUUGUACCUUCUUUACAAGGAGACAUUUCAUCUUUUAAAUGCAUGCUUGAGGCAGAGGAGAGAAGGCUGAGAAAUACUUCGGUGCCGUGCUGCAAGAAGAGCUCUCCCUGCAAGCCCUACAUGCCCUGUCGUCGGACAUCAUGCGCUCCUGCAAACCAGUCGUCCUGCUGGCAGGCGUCUGCUUCAUCGUCCUGUCCUCCUGUGAACUUCCGGCCUUGCCCACCGCCCGCCAUCCCGAAUCCAUGCAAGCCCGUGCAGCGGUCAUGUGCGACCCGUUCUGCUCCUGUCUCCUGGGCACUUCCGAACCCGCCAUCUUGCCCGCCCACCUCCGGGCUCACCACCCGCCCACUGACUUGCCCGGUUCCCCAAUCCCUGCCUUCACGCCUGUCCGCCUGCCUCCCCCCAGGCCGCCUGAGCAGUGCAGCAAGCCGUCCAGUGACGCCCACCUGCCUUCCCCUGGCCCGGAUGAGCUGCCCGUCACCGUCCCCUCUCUCCUUCUGCACUGCUAUGCACCAGUCCCGGUACCCUUCCAAUCCUCCCCUGAACCCUUGCCCUCCUGCCGGCCCCCCAGCCAAUUGCAACCCUUCUUCGGCUCGGCAGGGCUCUGUGACGUCGGUUACAUGCCCAAAACCUUGCCCCAUACCUGAAGUGCCGAGGUUUAAGCAUGAACAAUGUAUGGCAAUGGAGUGUUGUAAUGAUGAGCCACAGAAGGAUUUCACUGGGCCUCCCACCAGACCUCCGAGCAGCUGCAAAGCUGGGCAAGGCGGCAAUUAUUUCAACAGCAUGCUGAAGGAGUUGAACAAGAACAACACAUGCAGAGUGCUACCUAUCUCCAAGCCACUCAUGACAGCCUGCGGCAUGAAUACGCCCACCGCCAGCACCAUUGGGAAUAUAAAAAUUGUGGAAGUUGCUACCAAUGGCCACUUUGUUCGACUUCUAAACAUCUCCCAAGACACAGAGGAGGACAUUGGAAGCCAUAUUCUGCAGCAGAAUAUUGGCGGACAGCCCGUAACAAUAUAUAGAUUCCCUCCCAGAACCCGAGUAAAUGCAGGGGCUUGUGUAACGGUUUGGGCAGCAGAUGCACGGGUUCCUCAUAACCCUCCAAAGGACUUUUUAUGGAAGGAAUGCAAUAAGUUUGCAAGUGGUCCUGACUACACAAUCAUCCUUUGCAAACCCAAUGGACAGGCUGUUACUUGGUUCACACCCGCUCCUGGGAGCUCAAAGGUAAAGAACGGAUGCAAAGAUGUGGAAAAGUUCAGAGACUGCGAUCGCAUCUCGACCACUGAUUAUCAAGUUCACUAUCACCCGAAUCAGGAAAGGGAAGAGCCAACUUCGGACCGCUGUUGUGUUCCGUCAACAGCUUUGUCAAUAAAGGAGAAGCCUACCUGUAUGAAUUCAGCAACACGAUCCCCUUGGACGCAGAGCACGGCUUCUGUUACACAUCCAGAUUUCAACAUACCCAGGACCCAGUCCAAUGGAAAUUUAGGGAGCAGUCAGAGCAGGGACGCCGGCUCGCAAUCGAGUCAACCUGAUCCUCUCUCGGCUAACAUCUGCCCAGGAUCUGCUGCUACAACCCAGUGCAAGAAAUACUCUCUCCAGAGAAACAACAGACGGCUGACAGCAUGCUCCACAGCACCUCACCAUCGUGGAGUUCGGUGUGUGGACCAACUUCCCCCUGCCUCGCCUCUUCAACACUUCUCUGCCAAGGCUCCUUGCAACAUCAACUUUAGGUGCCAGGUGUCACCCUAUCCAAGCAUCCUUUCCCAACAUUAAGAAUGAAUUUACAGAAAUAUUGCUGUCUUGACAAUUGGCAAGGUCUGUGAGUCUGCAUCUGAAGAACCAUUGAAACACACAAACGCGUGCUGAGGUCAAUCUUUGUGCUUUGAGCUAAUUUUGCUGUCUGGUGUGUAAGCAGUGGGUUCUGCUGUGCCUG